AUGACAAAAGGGCUCCCUUGCUUCCUUGAGCCCGCGCCCUUCGACGGCCAACUCCUCUUUGAGGUACUCUUCUCUGCGCCAGCGCCUUCUGCCACAAGCCUGCCCGGCCGCUUCCUGCAGUGCGCCAACGCUUGCGGCAGUGGCUGUGCCGCGUGCGACCUAGCCUAUGCCUUCCGCACUGAGUCCUCGCAGCAGCAGGGCCGUUUCUUCCCCUGCCCGCUGCCCAUUCACAACUUUGUGCUGGCAACCUGGAUGAAUGAGACUUUCUGGACCCCUGCGGAGACAGAUCUGUAUCUCCAAAGCGAGUACGGAUCAGAUUUGCCACUUCCGGAUGCGGCCCCGCAUCGAGGGUGCUCGGAAAAGCCGCUGGCUCCAUAUGACUCCUACUUUUCCGACCUGCCCGUGGGCAUUGAGGUCAUGAAAAGGCAGCAUGCAGUCGAGAGCAAGCAUGCUAAACGGAUCGCGAAGGCAGCUGUUCAUGAUCGGCAGCUGUGGCGGAAGAGAUUCCCCGGUGACGCUUCCCUCUCAGAAAUUGCCCCGUGGCAGCUUCCGCAAACACCGCCAGCGCCCAGAGCCCGAUGGCCGAGACCGCAGCUUUCGGCUGCCGUGCUACCGCCUCUGUCGGCACUGCUUUGUGCGCUCGCUGCCUGGGUAUCCAUUCGCACCAUCUGGGCAAGCUCAAGCAGCAGUGGACUGUUGCAGCUGAUCUGGCAUCAGUCGUUCGACGGUGCCGCGCUCAGCCUGUAUGUGGCCUUGAUCCUCGUGCUGGCCUUCUUGCAAUCCCUUGCAGCUGCCAAAGGCCCCGAAGCUUUGGCUGCCGCCGUGGUUUUCGAAGCGGCGGAGCUUCUUCGGGCUGCAGGCACCGCCUGGGCAGGAGGGCGGCUCUCACUUUGGAGAUCUUUGAGCUCCUGCCAGCCGACGAGGCUGGGACGCGUUCCCGUGUGGAUGCUCACUGCUCUCCCGGGCAUUGCCGGAGCCGUCAGCUGUUGGAUAUCCUUUGUCAGCCUGUGUUGGCUGGAUCCAGCAACUUACAUCCUCCUGACUCAGGCUUCCCUCUUGCUCGUGCAAGUGCCGGGGCGAUCUUGGAGACUCGCAUGCGGAGCUGCACUGGUCGCUUGCGCCUUCAUGCUGAAAGCUUCGAAGGCAUUUGAGACUGCAGAUGCCUCGCUGGGCCGGGGUCUUCUUUGUGCUCUCUUCCAGGUGCCACUACAUGCCAUGGCGGCGGCUCCCUUCCCGAAGGUCGAUGUGCCUUCCGAGCUGCUUUCCGCGAGCCGGCAUGCACAGGGACUGCUUUUCUUAGUGGCGCUGUCCGGCUUAACCCCUCGGCCAUACUCUUCGUCUUUGGAUGCCAUGGCUGAGGCUCAGGGUCUGGGUAGGUCUGUUUCGGGGUUAGGGCUCAGGCUAUGUUACGCCCUUGCUUCCCGGAGAGACACACACACUCUCUCUCUCUCUCUCUGUCUCUUUUGUUCUCUUUCUCUCUUGUCGAUACACGACAUGUCUGCUUCGUGGAUGAAGGCUGACAUACUUCUAUUGGUACAGAUCUACAGAUAA